AGGUAUAAAUAUGGAAGCAGGCCUGAUUCUAUCCUUUCGCAAAAAACUAACACAGAGUUUAUGUUCCUGACUCACCGCUGUUCUGUUCGCUUGGAAUUUACGAAUAAGUCGGUCGGGAAUAUAUAUAUAUAAGAAAUGGCAUUCAAGGACACUGGUAAAGCCCCUGUUGAGGCUGAGGUUGCCAUCCAUCGCAUCCGUAUCACCCUCACUAGCCGCAAUGUCAAGUCUCUGGAAAAGGUGUGUGCAGACCUCAUCCGUGGCGCUAAGGAGAAGAACCUCAAGGUGAAGGGACCAGUCCGUAUGCCCACCAAGACUCUGCGUAUCACAACCAGGAAGACCCCCUGUGGAGAGGGUUCCAAGACCUGGGAUCGCUUCCAGAUGCGGAUCCACAAGCGUCUUAUCGACCUGCACAGUCCCUCUGAGAUUGUCAAGCAGAUCACCUCCAUCAGCAUUGAGCCUGGUGUAGAGGUCGAGGUCACCAUUGCUGACGCAUAAGCUGUUUUGUACAUGCAAUAAAAAGAUGGAAACUGAA